AUGGCGUAUUCAUCGUUAUGUUUGUGUCUUUUGUUCAACCCAAAGGGCUGUAGCAAUCUUCACCCGUUUGUCGUUGAUAACGAGUUUCCACCUUAUCACUUAUCACUAGUGCUAAUCAAACAGCAAAGAAUGCUUGAUAGAAACCGAUCCUGGGCUUAUCUCGCUGCAUUGUGGCGGCAUCCCUGGACUGUAAUCAGCAAGUGUUGCUUAGUAUAUAUAUACAUCCAGCGUCAGCUUGAAUUUGGAUACAGUUACUGUUUUUUCGAUUUUCUCUUGGUUAUUCUUUCUGAGACAGUAGUAAUUUUGUAUUACUGA